GAAGAUCCAUCCCACACUCCAAAGCUAAGCUGCACAAGAGCACCACUCAGAAGGCAAAGAGAGCUACGUGCGUGCACUUCCACUUCGGGACUGCUUGCUCGCAACGAAGAAGAAAUGGCCUCCAAAUUCCCAGCUUGUUUCCCGGCGCUCUUCCUGGCGCUGAACCUCCUCCUGGUCGCUGGCGUCCGCGGCCAGAGCCCGUCGACCGGCGGAAACCCGUGCCCGACCAACGCGCUGGCGGACCUCAAGGUGUGCGCCGACGUGCUGGUGCUGCUCAAGCUCAAGAUUAACGUGCCGGCAAACCAGCAGUGCUGCCCCAUGAUCGGGCAGCUCGUCAAGCUCGACGUCGCCGCCUGCCUCUGCGCCGCCAUCAAGCUCAGCGUCAUCGGCAUCCCCAUCAACCUGCCGCUCGACGUGCCACUCGUCCUUAACUACUGCGGCCGCAACGCGUCCGCCGCCGGGGCCAACUGCUCGUGAUCCAUGUUGUCCUAGCAAUAUCAUACACGCGCACACGGCGGGCUAACGAUGCUCGUCUAACGAGCGUGCGCACGCACGCAAAUAUAGUGUCGAUCUAAUUGCUUCACGCGUUGCAUGAAUAAUGUGUUUGUAUCUGCGGAUGCUUCGUGGCUUCAGGUUAUGCUGCAUAGGCUGGUGUCCAUGAUCAUCUCAAAAAGGAAAUUAUAGAGUUCUUAAUUGUAAGUGCUGUGUUUUAGUGGCAAUAAUAAAUGUUUCUUCAGUUUGUCAA